AUGGCGGCUGCGGCGUUGGCGAUAACAUUAUUCGAUCUUCAGGGUGGGAUCUAUAUUCCCCCUGUGGACCCUGCCAUGGUAGUGGCAACAGUCUGCCAAAAAGCGGUUAGCCGCUUGAAAAGACACUUCCCGCAGCUAUUCGCUUUAUCAAAUCCGGGUCCCUGCAACCUUCCCCUGGAGAUUAUCCUUAUGAUCGCAGAAUAUCUCGACAAAUGCGCCCUGAUAUCUCUUGCGUCCACCAUCCCAUACUACAUGGAGCGUCUGGAAUGCAAGAAACGAAUAGAUCUGUACCUUUCCUUCCUAUUAUCCUGCGACAUACCUUACCAUCAUGUACGCUUGGUCAUGAACCGACAUUUUUACGGACCUGAACACGGCUUGCCGCUUCAGGCACUCAGUAAACGAAGGAAUUACACAACUCUCAAGCACAGAAUCAAAUGCUCAGUAUCGCGGCAUGCAUGUAUCUUUAACGAUGAACUUCUAAUACUGACAGCGUUAUCCAUGACGCAGCUCAGAGGUGACUUGGUAUCGCUUAAAAGCCACGUCGAAUUUUCUGGGGGUUCAAUCUGCGAACAUCUCACCUUUCUGCAAGAAUCUCCUGCCUGCAUUCCCAUACCGUUUCCUGAGCUUGCUAAGAAGGGAAGCACAUCGGGUCCAUUCCCGGCCUGCGAGCCUAUAUACGGGUCCUGUACUUCCUGUCCAACAGAUUACAACAUCACUAUGAAUUGGCAAGGUGUGAAAAAGGGAUACAGCAUCGAGGUGCUAGUGUAUCGCGGGUUGGGCGACUGUCGAACGCCAGAGAACUGGUAUUGGCGUAAUACUAUGGCGAGGUGGGACCCGAGUGAACAAAGUAGAUCAGCUUAUUCGCCACAUAAUCCACCUGGAAGUAUAAGGGACAAAUGGAAUGAGGCUGGCGGUGUAGCAGAGAUCACUGAUGGCGCAUGGCGGAGAGCCUUACAAGUAGCUGGAUUGUGA